ACCCAUUUGGAAAUCAAAGGCGCCUCCUCGUAGCAAGUUUUUAUGUGUCUGGUAGUGCAUCAACGUUGUCUCACGGCUGAUAAUCUACAAUGCCGAGGCUGCCCCCUUUGUCUAGGGGAACCUGAGAACUGCACGCAUCUCUUUGUGCAUUAAGCACAUAUAUGGUGUAAUCUGCUUAAGCACAUAUAUGGUGCAAUCUGCUGUUAUCUCCAAAUCUUGAUGUUACCAAAGAAUUUUUUUCCCUAUCGAGGUUGGUUGUUGCUUAAGCAUAAUCAGGGUAAACUGCACGCACGCACAGGCACGCGCGCACACACAAAUACAAACGCACGCCCACGCGCACGCACAGACAGAUGCCGACGCACGCACACGCCCGCCCGCACGCGUACGUGCAUGCGCACUUGCACUUGAUAUUACCUUCUACAGUCAAUAAAGUGAUAUCCAUGUGCAAACGUACGUACUGGGCAAACUAAAACGUGAGAGGAAACAUUCAGCUUCCUUUCAGUCAGCAAAUUAGAAAGAAAUGUUCAGCUUCCUUUUGGUCAGCAAAUUGCGCGGUCGGGUCGAUGGUUUUGUAUUAAGCUAAUAGGUACCCUAAACCUCACGGCAGCUGUAAGAUCCGCGCGUCAUUGUGGUGUUGUGCCCCAAUACACUGAGUUGAUUGAGAACUGACGAAAGGUCCAGCGGGAUUCCUCCUGGCCUGUGACAAUUGGGCAUUCGCCAACCACCCAGAAAAGCAUGCCAUGCCACUAGUCUAGACUAGGGCCUGAGAAUUUGUUCCUUUCAGCAUAGACCCAAGCAAGUCUCGUCUAAAAGCCACAUUAGGUGACGAGGCACCCAAGACUUGCUGGAUCGUAUCAAGUUUAUAUACACCGCAAUGGCACGCUGAUCAUGCAAGAAGAUAAUCAGAAAUAAAGCCACGAUCAGCAAGAAGCUAAUCCCAAAUGAAGCCAUUAAGCGCAUCGCUAUCUUUUGUCCUCCACCUUGCUUCGUUCCUCGUGCUCUUGCUCCACCAGCCUCAUCUUCUUGCAGCGCAGAGGCUCACAGCCGGAUCGACACUCAGCCCCCCUGGCUACAUCACCUCCCCAUCCGGGGGAUUUGCCUUCGGCUUCCGGGCCCUCGACAAUGACCCCAGCCAGUUCCUCCUUGCUGUCUGGUUCAACUUCAACCUCACCCAGGGACCUGACCCUGCACAGGAGAAGGUGGUGUGGUAUGCCAAGAACCUGGGUUCAGGCUCGGCUGUAAUGGCCACGAAGUUGUCUGUGUUCAGCAUCGGCCCGCAGCUCACCCUCACUGACAACACCGGUAGCAUAAUAUGGACGAACCCAUACCCUAGCCUACAAGCCGGCUCAAUUCUCGCGCUGCAAGACUCAGGCAACCUCCAGUUACUCGCCACCGGGGGAAUGCCCAUCACCUGGGAGAGCUUCCAGCACCCAACUGACACACUCCUCCCGGGUCAAUCCUUGGGCUCUGGAAAGGCUCUUCUGUCCAGGCGCUCCGACAUGGUCUUCUUCCCCGGCCGCUACAGCCUGCAGGUGCAAGGCGAUGGUAACAUCGUCUUGUACCUCACGAACCUUGCCACCGGCAACCUGGAUUCGCACAAUGCAUACUGGAGCACUUCCACCAACCAGCCGGACAACCAGGUCGGCAACUCGACUAUUUUCUUUGACUCAUCAGGCCAUCUGUUCUAUCGGAUCAUCAAUGACAGCACUGCACGUGACCUGAUACCCCCGCAUCGAAAGUCUAGGUUUGGUUACCACCAGUAUGCAUCACUCGAUCCAGAUGGCAUCUUCCGCAUGUACACCCGACCGAAGAGCGCCAUGGGAACGAGCAACGUGCCGUGGGCAGUCACGGGACAGUUCCCAGCUGAAGGUUGCAAGAUAAAAACCUCUCUGCAAGGUUUGUGUGGCCCCAAUUCAUACUGUGUGUAUGGUCCUAACGACCGGCUCGACUGUGAGUGCCCAAGCGGCUACUCCUAUGUCGAUUCUCAGCUCAGGUACAUGGGCUGCACACAGGGGUUCAUGCCGCAGAGUUGUGACGGGAAGAACCGCUCCGCCGAGUUUGGGGUUGUCAAGCUCCCGAACACCACUUGGGGAAACUCGCCAUAUGAAGGAUAUUCGCACACCACAGAGGAACAGUGUGCAGACUCUUGCCUAAAGGACUGCCUCUGCGCCGCUGCUAUGUAUGACGACAGUUAUUGUGCCAAGAUGGUGUCAUUGGCAGGAUUUGGACGGCAAGGAGGAGACGUCGUCAUGAAGGCAUUGAUCAAGGUGCGGACGAGCAGCCCCUCGGUGCCGGCGUCACCGAGAAGGAUAUUGCCUUAUGCACUACUUGGUGGCUCAGCAUUCCUGUUGCUGUCUGCAGUAAGUAGUCUCAUAUUACAUUGGUACCUUAGGAAGAAGAACACCAACCAUGACUUUGUGAGGGCUUACACCGCAAAAGAGCUUUACCAAGCCACCAAUGACUUUCAUAAGUUGCUAGGCAGAGGAGGCUUUGGCGAGGUCUACCAUGGGGUGUUUAAGUCGCUACACUACCCUGAGAUAGCAGUGAAGAAGCUCAUCAGCUCCAAUGAUUACAGCGAGAGGGAGUUCGCGAAUGAGGUACAGUCCAUCGGCCAGAUCCACCACAGGAACCUAGUCCGCAUGGUGGGUUACUGCAAAGAGCAGGAGCAACGGAUGUUGGUGUUCGAGUUCAUGCCAGGUGGUUCCCUUCGGAGCUUCCUAUUCCAGCCUCAGCAGCAACCGAUGUGGAGUUGGCGCGCUGAAGCAGCCCUUGGCAUUGCCAAGGGCCUGGAGUACUUACAUGAAGGAUGCGAUUAUCCAAUCAUCCACUGUGACAUCAAGCCCGACAAUAUAUUGUUAGAUAACAAGAAAAAUCCAAAGAUUAGUGACUUCGGGAUUGCCAGGCUUCUUAGUGACCAGCAGAUGCACACCACGGUGACCAACAUCAGGGGCACGAGGGGGUAUAUUGCUCCUGAGUGGUUCCAAAGCGACAGGCGCAUCGACACCAAGGUUGAUGUGUACAGCUUCGGUGUUGUGCUAUUAGAAAUGAUAUGCUGCCGGAAGUGCCAGGAGCCGGUGACCGGGCUGGAUGGUGACGAUUCGGUCACACUGUUUUGGUGGGCUGAUCAGUUGGUCUGUCAUGGCAAGAUUGAAAUUUUGUUGCAUAAUGAUGACGACGCCAUUGAGGAUUUGGUCAGAGUGGAGAGGUUCGUGCGUGUUGCACUCUGGUGCAUUGAGCAGAAUCCUUCGCUCCGUCCGACAAUGCACCAGGUGGUGCAGAUGCUGGAAGGCGUGGUUGAGGUAGACACUCUACCUGCUCCUACAAGCUCCAACAGUUCAUCGCCGUUGACCUCUUCGGUCAAAGAGAGCACUCUGUUGCCAGGUGGUGUUAAUCUUGAGAUAGAGUGAUGUUCUGAUAGGCUGCAGUUCCAAAAUGAUUUUUAUCUUACUUUUCACCAAUGCUAAUUGUUUCGCCAUUGUGUAACUCUAGAUGGUGUAGCUAGACAUCAAUCAUGCCUUGUAGCUAUUACAUGUCUUCUAGUAAGUAUUCAUCCAUUGUGCUCCACUUAUGCAUUAAUCCUUUGGUUUGAGCACUAAUUCAUCAUGUUUGUUUAACCUUUUUGAAGUCACAGGAUAUUUUUCCUGGGUUCAAAUU